AUGGGCGCAGAAAACCAAACGUACCUGACUGAAUUCAUUUUGCUGGGACUUUCUUCAGAUCAGCACACCCAAGUCCUGUUGUUUGUGCUAUUUCUUAUCGUCUACCUACUGACUAUGUUUGGAAAUCUGCUCAUCAUCGUGCUACUUCACUUUGACUCUCGACUUCAUAUACCAAUGUACUUUUUUCUUAAAAACCUGUCGUUUGUCGAUCUCUGUUUCUCUACAGUGAUUGUCCCCCAGAUGUUAUUUCAUUUGCUGUCAAUGAGAAAAAGUAUUACCUUUAUUAGAUGUUCAACUCAGAUGUUUUUUUUUCUUUUAAUUGGGUGUACAGAAAGUUCUCUUUUAGCAGUGAUGUCCUAUGACCGCUAUGUAGCUGUCUGCAAACCUUUGCACUAUUCUACCCUCAUGAACCAGAGAAUUUGUGUCCAUUUAGUACUAGGAUCCUGGGCUUGUGGAGCACUUGUGUCUCUAGUGGAUACGGCAUUUACUUUAUGUGUCCCAUACCGGGACCAGAAUGUAAUUAAUCAUUAUUUUUGUGAGCCUCCUGCACUCUUGAAGUUGGCUUCAGAGGAAACCUACAAAGCUGAGAUGGCCAUCUUUGCAAUGGGUGUGCUAAUUCUCCUUGGACCUGUCUCCCUCAUCCUCUUCUCCUAUUGGAAUGUUAUCUCCACAGUAGUGCUGAUGAAGUCAGGGGGUAGGCUCAAAGUCUUUUCUACCUGUGGUACACAUCUCAUCGUUGUUGUCUUAAUCUAUGGGUCAACAAUAUAUACCUACAUGCAGCCUAAUACGAAGAAAAAAAAUAAAUGGGAUAAAAUGGUCUCUGUGUUCUAUUCAGUCAUAACCUCUAUGCUAAAUCCAUUCAUUUACAGCCUGAGGAACAAAGAUGUAAAGGAAGCAUUUAGGAAGGUAUUUGGAAGAUAG